AUGGAGCCGCGACCGCAUUUGGCACCUUCCGUCAUCAUCCGCAGUCGGGCUGGUGGCGUUUACUCGCUGUCCUUCAUCUCGGCAGGGAAGCUCCUGAGUGGUAGCCUGAAGGGUGAGGUCUCACUUUGGGAUUUGCACGACCAGCGUCCUGAUGCCACGUGGAAAGUGUCAGAUGAGACAGUACUGUCUUUGCUGGCUUUGGCAAAAGGUCAGCAAUGCCUCAGCCAGGGCAAGGAUGGAAGGGUCGGUCUCUGGGAUGUGGAAACGCAGAAGGCUUCAUGGGAGGUUGGCACUGGUAGCUGCGCGUUCGCCCGUCUUGCUGUGAUGCCGAGUAGUGGAGGAGAUCCUUGGGAGUCCCAAGCCUCCGACGUUUUAUUUUGCAGCCCGUUAGCAGAGCCGCACGAGAUUGGCGUCUUCGACUGCCGCAAGGCCACUGCGCCGCAGCAGUGCAGCCAGCUCGUCCUGUCGGCCCCGAUUCCUUGUCCCGGGUCAACGUCGCCACUGUCAACAGGGAUGUGCAUGGACCUCUCUGCUGCUCCCGCGCUUGGUCCGCAUGCUCUUCUUGCCACCUACGAAUCCACGGCAUGCUGUCUUUGGGACUUGCGUUCGCCCAGCGAGCCGUUGUCAUCAUGUUAUGCCGGAGAUCCCCGCAGUCCAGCCAUCUGCUCUGCGAUGUUGUGGCGCAAGGCAUGGGUCGCCUGCGCUGAUGGACACAUCAGCCAAGUAAAGCUUCGCUUGGAAGGGCUGGAAGCAACACGCUCAAGCGUCAGAGCAGCACCCGCGCCCUACAGACAGUCAACUGGCCAACCAGUGUACAAGGAGGACAAGCAAGGUGUCAACGCAUUCGCCGUCCGGCCCGACCUUCGCCUCGUUGCCGCCGCCCGUUGGGAUCGGCGAGUCGAGCUCUUUGAUGCGAAGACUGCCACAUCCCUUGGGCGACUAGCAUGUCACGAUGGCAGCGUCCUCUGCGUCACUUUCGACCGCCAGCGAGGCGCUCUCGCUGCCGGCGGCGAGGAUGGUCGCAUUGCUGCUUGGGGUCUCUUCAGUGAGACGUACACAGGGCCUUGGUCGUCAGACCCCGAGGCUGCCAAGUUCUGCGGGGUAUUGCCUUAA